CUUCCGGUUCGAGGUCGCCUGUUCCGGGUGACGGUGCUGAUUUGUCAAGUAGCCGAGAGUGCAUGGCAUGGUAGACAAGGUAGUUGGCGGUUUAGACACCAAACUCAGCCGGACGUUUUUACCAACCCUAAACGGACCCAAAGCUAGACAAAUUAGAGCUUAUUUAGUGUCCUCUACCCCUUUUGUGGCCGCCUUCCUUCCACCGGCACCUACUUUUGGCCGUUUGUCAUUCGCUCCUGCGUGAUAGCUACGUUAGCUUCGCUCUUUGAAAAUGGCGGAUGUGUCAAGUGAGAAAAGCCUGGACGACUUCUUUGCCAAGCGGGACAAAAAGAAGAAGAAAGAGAAAGGAAAGGGCAAGGAGGCCUCUGCGCCGUCGACGGGGGUGAUGAAAAAGAUGAAAAAAGAGUCCGAAAAGUCCUCCAAAAGCGACAAUCCCGACGCAAAUAACGAAAAGGAGGAUGAGGAGUGGAAAGUGUUCGAGCAAAAAGAAGUGGAUUACAGCGGACUGCGGCUGCAGGCCUUGCAAAUCAGCGACGAGAAGGAAGAAGAGGAUUACGAGGAGGAGGAGCUUGAUGAGGAUGGAGAGGUCAUCGGCGGCGAAAAAAUGUCGGGACCGUGGAACAAGCCUGGGGCCGCUCCUGCCCCUGCGCCACCUGUUGAGGAAGUAGAGGUGCCAGAGUCUAAACCUGCGGGCGUUUACCGACCUCCAGGAGCUCGACUCACCUCUUCAAAACGUGGCCAGACACAGGGACCCCCUGAGAUUUUCAAUGAUGCUCAGUUCCCUUCCCUGAUGGCCACCGGCAAGCACGUGGAGACUCGCAAGGACCGAGAGAUGGAGAAGACGUUUGAGGUAGUAAAGCACAGGACCCGUGGACGUGACGACAACGGUGGCACUCCCGUGCAGCAGCAGCUUCAGCUGGACAACCAGUACGCAGUGCUGGGUGACAAAUAGAGCACCACCAUGCCGCCAUUUUGGACCGCUGGAAGGAGGUAGCUGAACUCCAGCUGUGUGAACUGCAGUCGCUGCCACCACACACACACACACACACACACACACACACACACACACACAUACAUAUACACUCACACGACUGAACAUACCCUUGGCUGGCAAAAGAGGUGUCUGCACAUGAAGGCGUGACUAAUCGACUUUAGAGUAUGCUGUGGCGGCGGCAACAAGAAGUGGUGAUGAGUACUUUGUGGAUCACGUACAAAGCAGUGCCUGCGUGGUGCAGAUCUUCUCUGGACUUCAACCUGCUUUGUGAAGGCCCAACAUCACUUCAAUCGAGAUGAUUUUACAAACUUGUGUGAAAAAAGAAAUCUAGUUUUCUGCAGCACCAUCUCUCGCGCGCGCACACACACACACUGAUUCUUGGAGUGUUUGGGCCUUUAAGAGGAGGGGACACUACCUGGACCUGGUGGGGAUCACAUGAAGUCUGCUUUUUUUUCUUUUUCAAGUAUACCAGCUGUCCGGAAGUUUAAGUCACAAACUUUUAAGAGUUUAUUCCAUAAUCAAAGCAUUGCCUCACAUAGAAUUCCUUUAAUAAAGUGGCCUUAUGGAUACAAACGGCUUGGUAAUCGGAGGAAAAAUAUGCUUGCGUCUGCUGAAAGCGCUACUGGAUCUUACUCUGUGAGGAAAAAAGGAAUGUUGUGCUUAACGAUUUCAGCUGUGAGCUGUUUUGCAUAUCCACGGUUUGAUUCUGAUGCCCUUCAUUUAUUAGUAGUUUUGGCUCUUUUAAAACUUAUAAUCCUCCUCAUAGCAUUUAAAACAAACCAGAAUAUUUUAUGUUAAAUGGUAACUGUUCCAGGCAGAUCCAAACCCACAAAUUUCUACUUUAAUAAAAAGUGUGGCAGUGAAUUAAAAACAAGUUUUUCCAAUUGAUUUAGCGAUGUGAAGAAUUAUUGUGCAUGAGAUGUGUUGUCUCAAUUCCAUACAAAGUACUGGAACUGCUGGAAUAUGUGUGGUGGAAGUAAAUGUUUGUGUCAUGACAGCAAAUUAAAAGUGCUUACGCAAGAUAA